AUGGUUUUUGGGUUGAACCUGAGUGGGACGCUCAACGCAUGCAAACUGCUGGUGAACCCACGCCUAUGUCUGCCAGAUAUAGUGGUUCCCACGUUUGCGGAUCUUCCGAUACCCCUUGGGCCUAAUAUCAAGGCGGUAGUUUUGGACAAAGACAACUGCUUUGCGUACCCACACGAGGACCGUGUGUGGCCCGCAUACCAAGAUGCGUGGCAGCGUCUUCGUGCAGCGUACCCCGGGGCACGGCUAGUGAUUGUGAGCAACACUGCCGGUACUGCGGAUGAUAAGGAUGAGCUGCAAGCACGGGCGCUAGAGCGCAAUACAGGGGUCGCGGUUCUGCGGCACGCCACCAAGAAGCCCGGUUGUAAAAACGAAGUGCUGCGCUAUCUGUACGAGAAGCGGCUGGUGGACCGCCCCGAAGAGGUGGCUGUUGUGGGCGACCGUUUGCUGACAGAUAUGGUAAUGGCACGGCAGAUGGGAGCAUGCGGGGUGUGGGUUCGAGACGGUGUCCGUCUGUCAAGCAGCCCGAUUGUUGCGUUUGAGAAACGCCUUUACGAGUAUUUGAGGCCGGACAAUUGA